AAGGAGGGGGAAGAUCAUUUUCCACAGUUCAGCCAAUCACAGCGAUGUCUCCUUUGUAAACCUUGAUCGCCUCUUGACUAAAUCUUCAUUUGGGUGGGAAGACAUCAGCAGUGCGAGAUCAAUGUACUGUACCACAAUGAUCGGAGGACUGGCUGCUUUGAUUCUUCUUAGUACAGGGUCUCUGCUUCAAGCUGCAGAGGUUGCUCAUCAGAUCUCUCUGACUGUGGUUGAACUUGGUGGGAAUGUUACUUUGCAGUGUCCAGUUUCUGAGAAGGAUGGCAAAUUCUUUUACUGGUACAAACAGUCUCUUGGAUAUAUGGCCCAAACAGUCUUUGCUGUAGUUCAGGGUCAGUUAACAGUAAGUGAACAGUUUGACAACCCACGGUUCAAAGCAACAAAAGGAGUUGCUCAGUAUCUUCUUACCAUCACAAAUGUCAGCAAAGAGGACGAAGCAACAUAUUUCUGUCACUAUGGAGCAGCGUAUUCACAGAGUUUCAGCGAAGGCAUCUUCUUGGCUGUCAACGAUAGUAAUCAGCAGAAAUGUUUCCAUGUGAAACAAAGUCCGAAGACUGAGUCGGUCCAGCUGGGUGACAGAGUGAAUCUCCAGUGUUCACUUCUUUCCACGAACAAAGAAAACUCAGAUGAGUGUCCAGGUGAAGACAGUGUGUAUUGGCUCAGAUCUGGAUCAGGAGAAUCUCAUCCAAGCAUCAUUUACACUGACAGAGACAAACAAGAGGAGAGAAGUUGUGACUACAGUCUGUCCAAAACUAUACAGGCCUCCUCUGAUACUGGGACUUACUACUGUGCUGUGGUCACAUGUGGAGAGAUCCUGUUUGGUGAAGGAACUAAAGUGGAAACAAGAUCAAAACUGGAACCAGUUGUCCUUGCUCUUGGAGUCCUGUUGGCCUGCUGUGUGACUGUGAUGGUCGUCCUUAUCUUCUACGGAAAUCGAAGGAAAGUUUGCGAACACUGCAAAGAGGCGAUGAGUGCUUCCCAUCAUCUUGGACAUGACAGUUUAACUGUGGAUCAAUCUAAUCAUCUGGAUGGUGAAGAAGAGGCCGUGAACUAUGCAGCACUGGAGUUUUCUACAAGGAAAGUGAAAAGAGGAAAGAGAAAGAUCGAAAACACACCAGAGUGUGUGUACUCUUUUGUAAAAGCAGAUUACCACAACCAGCAACACCCCUCUCUAUAGACAAAUCCGAUGGCCGCUUUGUGUGUUCUGUGCUGCUAUUACUGCAGUGGCAAAUUGUAGUGACUCUGUGUCUGCUGCUGCCUGCUAACAGCCACCAUGUUAGCUGGUGACUUUCAGCAGAAUGUGUCUGUGGUUGCACGAAGUAACUUGCGUAAAUGGUUGGCAUAGAUAAUGAACACAGAUGAGUAUGUACUGAAAACUGAUUAAAGUAAGAUUCUAAUUAUGAGUACACCUACAUGUUGUCAACAGCUGCUACUAUGAGCAACCACAACGUAUUUGGAUGAGACACCAGUUAGCACGGUCACUUGUUACAUCGAAACAUCGGACACCAUUGUACAGAUCUGUUUGUGAUGUCAACAGAAUGAUGUUACCUUUGUGGUCGUUCCCCAACUUAGAGUGACUAAUGAUGUUUUUCACACUAACGUCACAGUUAGCUGACUGCAUUAAUUUAUUAUGUGGGACCACCGCAGCUCAGAGACAGUGUCUUAGCCCAUUUAUGUUAGCUCAGUAAGCAGAGUUUUUCCCAAGGUUUUCCACUCGUGUUGGAGCAGCUGAGAGCUGCACAAGUUCUUCCCAAAGUCCUACAUCAAUUUGAAAAGUAAUGUUACCUAAAAAACAAAAGUGAAAGUUGAAAAUUGUUCACUUAUUCGCACAGCUUGCAUUAAAAGGCACUUGCAUUGUAGGGAGAUGCCACCACAGUAAUGCCAACUUGUUUACUUCCCCACAGAUUUUCAGUUGCUUUGUUAAAGUGUUGCCACAGUUCACAUAUGUGCCUGUAUUUUAGUAGGAGACCAUCAUUACAUGUCUGUUGACUUCUGUUUGCUUCUGUUGUUUUGUUGACACAAGAAUAUGGCAUAAGAUAUUUAUACUGUCUCCUCAUAUGAAGUGACUGCAUCUUCAUUCAUCACAAAUACAGACAGUAUACCUGUACAGUUGUUAAAGUAAGAAACUUGAUAAAAUCUGUUUGUGUCUUUUGGA